AUGCCUCGCUGGCACCUCUCCCUCACCCGCAUCACCGGCGCCUCUCCCUCUCGGGCCGUUGUUGCCUCUCCGUUGGCCCAGUCGUUGUCGCCCCUGAUGUGCCGUGGCACCGUGACCCGGCCUCACAGGCACGACCAGGGUGACAACAGCUCCCCGACGCCGCCGCCCUCCGCAAGGAGCAACGACAACUCGAAGCUCUGCGGCACGGCAUGCUCUGAGCGAUGCGCCGCGGGGGCACCGCCGCCUCAGCCACCGGCGUGGCCGACCACCCGUCCACGUCCCCAUCGCUGCCGCCGGCCGGCCACACGACCUCACGCUCGUCCAGCUCGAAGCACGCGCCAUCGUGGCCCGCCUCCGGCUGCUUCAGCAGGCCAAGAAACCGAAACGCCCCCCGCGCCCGGCGACCUCGGCAUCUCCAUCGACCGUCUCAGCAAGCGCUACCUCGCCCGGCUCCCGCAUUGCUGA